AUGGUUUGUGGUGAGGGAAGAGGCUCUGCCCUGACAUGGAUUUUCCUGCCGCAGGGUUAUCUCCCCGCAAACAUGGAGCGGCGAAAGCUGACUUUGCAGCGCAAGCGGGAGGAGUACUUUGGCUUCAUCCAGCAGUAUUAUGAUUCCCGGAAUGAGGAGCACCAUCAAGACACCUACCGACAGAUCCACAUCGACAUUCCAAGGACCAACCCACUCAUCCCCCUCUUCCAGCAGCCGCUUGUCCAGGAGAUCUUUGAAAGAAUCCUGUUUAUCUGGGCCAUUCGACACCCAGCCAGCGGCUAUGUACAGGGAAUCAAUGACCUGGUCACUCCGUUCUUUGUUGUGUUCCUCUCUGAGUAUGUUGAAGAGGAUGUGGAGAACUUUGACGUGGCGAACCUGUCGCAGGAUGUUUUACGGAGCAUCGAAGCCGAUAGCUUCUGGUGCAUGAGCAAGCUGCUGGACGGGAUACAGGAUAACUACACCUUUGCACAGCCGGGGAUCCAGAAGAAAGUCAAAGCCCUGGAAGAACUCGUCAGCCGGAUCGAUGAGCAGGUACAUAAUCACUUUAGGAAGUACGAGGUCGAAUACCUGCAGUUUGCCUUUCGCUGGAUGAACAAUCUGCUUAUGAGGGAGCUGCCUCUUCGCUGCACCAUCCGCCUCUGGGACACCUACCAGUCGGAGCCGGAAGGAUUCUCACAUUUCCACCUGUACGUCUGCGCCGCCUUCUUGAUCAAGUGGCGAAAGGAGAUCCUCGAUGAGGAAGACUUCCAAGGCCUUCUGAUGUUGUUACAAAACCUGCCCACGAUACACUGGGGUAACGAAGAGAUCGGACUGCUGCUUGCUGAAGCCUACAGACUCAAGUACAUGUUUGCAGACGCCCCCAAUCAUUACCGCCGAUAGGUGCCAGGACUCGACUCCCUCCUCUUCCCCAGUCCCACUCCUCCUUCCUGGCCCGAUCUGAUCACUGUGGCAUUUUGUCGUCCCAAGUCCUCAGACACUCCGGCCGGGAGCUGCUCCUCGCUGUACAAAGCUCACAUCGACUCUUGUCUUAACUCUUAACGUGUGCCUGUCUGCCACUCCACGCGCCUGGAUGUGCCACUCCAACAACCGUCAGUGUUUCACGCCGUGCCGGUGGCUCGA